AUGGUCUACGAUUUUCGCCAAAAUCUCCAUUCGAUAAGCACGAUUUUGAUGAACUGGGAUUGGAUCGUGAAGGAUAUGAUUCUAGCCAUCGCAACCAUCCCGACACUUGCCAUUUUAAUAGUGAUAUUCGUGCAAUUUCACCGUGAGUCGCUCGCGUUGCGGACGGCGUUCGAGAAGCUGUGUCUGUGUCUCGUAGUGUCGGAUAUGAUAAAUAUUCUGACAGAGACGAUUGCUUGGGAUAUUGCUUUCUGGGGUCUUGUCAGCUUCUAUUCACACAUUCAGUUCUGGGGCGACAAUACACAUCGGCUAUUAUCGGCCGCCUUUUCAUUUUCUACUGGAGCGGCCCUUUGCAUGGCCUUCCCUGAAACAUAUUAUCAACAACUUGGACCGUCAAUGUGGGCAUUGUAUGCCGGGGAAACUUAUUUUCUCGGCCUGAAAUUAGCUGUUUGGAAUCUGCUGAUCCUGCUGACCUGGACAGUCAUGAGCUCCGUUUUCAAUCUUUUAGUCGUGAUCAAGGUGUUCGCUUUGAGACAGGGUCAGCUGUUGACGACUGGUCGUUUGUUGUCUACGGCCGAGCGAAAGUUGUGCUUCGUCAGUCUCUAUGCAUGUACGUUCACUCUGCUCUACAUCUCAGCCGCGGUCUGCCAUCCACCCAAAGUUAUGCUGACAUUU